UUCUUUUGUGUUGUGUGUAUGUGUUGAACUUUCAUUUACGUAUUUUCUGUAUACAAAUAUGCCACCUAAGUUUUUCAUCCCUCAAUCAGCUGAGCUACGUUAUUUUCAGUUACAUUGAUGUCAUGUAAUUGUAUAAAUUUGUAUGUAAAUUGAAGGUGAAUCAGCAUCGAUAAAGAAAAUAUGGAAAAAACCAAUCGUGAACUGGAGUCGCUGGUGAACUCGCAGAACCAGCAAAUCAAACGUUACGAAACACGUCUAAAAGAUGUUGUUGCUGCAUAUAAGGGACUGCUGAAAGAAAAGGAGGCCUUAGAAGCUAGUUUGUCAGCGCUUAAUGUACCCAAUGAGAAAUCGACUCUAAAUGAUCCCGAUAAGUCUGAGGCUUCUUCUUCGGAUGCACCGGAUCAAACUUCAUCAUCUGCAGACAAUGAACUCAAAGUUCAAAUAGGAACGCUAAUGAAUUCACUGGCCACACUGUCAGCCGAAAAAUCUCGCAUGGAAGCGUCAUUUCAGGCCGAUAAAAAGCAUAUGCGACAAGAGUUGCAGGCCAAAGACAAAGCAAUCAAGGAUCUGAAUGAGAAGGUGAAAGCGAUUUCAGUGCAGCAUGGAACUGACUUGGAAAAGGCAAAAUCCAAAUUGAUUGUCGAGCGUCACGAACGCGAGAAGGAAGUGAAUGACCAUAUGCUUAUGGUGAGGGAAUUGCAGAAAUUAUUGUCUGAUGAGAGGCAUUUGAAAGAUAAUUUAGACAUGCAGUUGAAUGAUUUGAAAAUGCAAUUCUCUAAGAGCGAUUUCAGUGACGGUAAAGUGAAAGAAUUGACCAUGGAAUUGGAGCAGGCGAAAAGGAAACUGAAGGAAAUGAAAAAUCUGCUGAGAAACCAAAAUUCUGCUGCAAAUUCGGACAACUUGGGUAAUGUGAAGCAAAUGCAGAGUGAGGUGCAGUCGAUGAAGCAACAGCACAUGGUACAUCUGAAGAACGAACAGAGACGUGCUAAUCUUGCUGAAGAAGUUAACAGAAAAAUGUCUGCAGUUCACGAAGAGAAAGUAGCUUUAUUGGAAGAACGCCUGGCCGAACUAUCAUCAACAGUUGGUUCGUACGACCGACUGAGACAAAUCGAUCAAGAGAACAUUUUCAAGUUAAAGGAAAAAAUCGCUCAGUUUGAACUUAACAACGUCCGAGACGAUGACGACAAUGAUCGUACCACCACCAAAAAUCCAAUUAGAGAACUCAAUGUCGAGCUGUUGAUGGAGGAGAUGCUUCAUUUGAAAAAGGUUUUGUUAGUCGAAAAUGCUAAGCUGGAAUGUCCUCAGGAUUUGUCGAAAAUAUUUUCGAAUGCCGACGAUCACACUGAAUGCAUGGAUGAGCAUAGGAAAAUCGUUGACGCAUACGCCUGUUGCAAAAGGGAAUUAGAAACAGCACUCAGCACAUCGCUCGUCGAACGGAACCAUAUAAAAACUCUGCAGGAUAAAAUCCAAGUGUUGAACCGAAACAUUGACGAACAAGAGGAGGAACUGAAACGUAAAGCAACUGAGUACGCGAAUGAAAUCCGAUCGGAGAGAAAGAAAUGGAAGGAAACGAAUUCGCUGGCCGAAAUGGACUAUCGGGGAAAGUUGGCUCAAUUGGAACAACAGUUGCAAAAACAGCGGGAACGCUCUCUGGUGCUAUUAGAAGAAAAGGAGCAAGAAAUCAAAGCUCUGAAGACAUCGUUUGAAGUUCUAAUCCCAAGCAUUACAAACGUUCAUGCCAUCGGCACCGAUGACACAGAAAAUGGUAUUUCCGAGAAGCUGCCCGCUAAAUACAAUUCGUCCCACUUAAAUUCCAUCUUAAGUACACCAUCCGGAUCAGCAACCAAUCAUUCCAGCGAAUAUCACAUGCUGCACUAUGUGCACGAGUUGUCCAGAAAAGAGGUGGAGAUAACGUCGUUGAGGAAAGCCAAACAUUUAGCGGAAUCGUCGCUGAGACAGGCGUUACAAGAUAAAGUAACACAACAGCAGGACCUACACGAUCGGAUUAUGAAUUUGGAAGAGAACAUUGAUCGCCUGGAGCGGUGCAAGUCAAGGGAAGGUGCCAAUUUAGAGUAUUUGAAGAAUGUGUUUCUCAGCUUCUUGGUAUCGAAUGACAUAGAGAGUCGUAGGCAUAUGGUGAAUGCAAUCGGAGCAGUAUUAAAGUUUAGUCCAACAGAAGUGCAAACCAUCAACAACUACUUCAGCAAAAGGGAUAAAAAAUAGCAUUCGAGGACAGCAGCUCGUUAAGUUUUUCUACUUUUAUUGGGCUAUUGGCUAUUGUGUGUUGUUGUUCAUGUAAAGUUAAAUUGUCUAAUAAAAAUUACGGUUCGUUUGAUGG